AUGCCUAUGUUCUCAACGAUUCAUCUCUUUUCUACAAAAUAUAUCUUUCUGCCGUUUAUUGUCAAGUUUUUGAAUGGAAUCGUUGGAAAGUCGAAUGAGACCCUCGAUCUCAUCAUACCGACUCUUCAAUUUAAAAAGAGAUUUGGCGGGCAGAAAGUCGACAACAAUAAUGAAGAGUUUACCGAGCCAAUCACUUUGCUUAUCGAGAACCCGAUUCGUUUCUGUUUUUUGAUGCUAUUGGAUCCAAAGCUUGGACUGGGAGAGGCAUUUAUGGAUGGACAUUGGAGAGCCGAGCCUGGACCCACCGAAUUCCUCAAAUUGUUGAUCAGAGCAAAGAAAAUCAGAAAUCAAGAAAAAGAUUCAAAACGACGAAAAACUCAGAUGAAAAUCUUGAUUUCUAAAGUCUUUCAACUUCUGCUAAACGUAAAUUUUCGGAAGUUUUGGUCAAUAAUCAACUAUUGUCAGCAUAAAAUUCGAGAGAAUACCCUUCUACAAAGUGCACGAAAUAUAAAAGAUCACUACGAUCUCGGGAAUGAUAUGUUUGAAUUGUUUCUCGAUGAAUCGAUGACAUAUUCGUGUGCGCUUUUCGAGAACGCAGAAAGCCAAAUGGACUACAAUGUUGAUUGUCUUAAAGAGGCUCAAGAAAGAAAGUUAGACAUGUUAAUCGAUCGUUUGAAGCUCUCGGAAAACGAUCACGUUUUGGAGAUCGGCUGUGGCUGGGGAUCGUGUGCGAUUAGGGCUGUUAAAAGAUAUGGCUGUAAGUGGACUGGAUUGACAAUCUCAAAAGAACAACUAGCUUGGGCUCAACGAAAGGUUCAAGAAGCUGGAUUAUCUCAUCUAAUCGAUUUGAAAUAUUUGGAUUACAGAUUAGAGCAAGGUGUUUACUCGAAAGUGAUCUCAAUCGAAAUGAUCGAAGCUGUUGGGGAGAAAUAUUUGCCGGAAUACUUUCAAGUUAUCAACGAUCGAUUGGAAAGUGGAGGGAAAGCGGUGCUACAAGCUAUCAUUUGCCCUGACUCUUACUAUGAUCGUUAUUGUAAAAGCUCGGAUUUCAUUCGGAAGCAUAUUUUCCCAGGAGGCCAUCUCCCUUCUCUGAAUCACAUUCAGCGCUGUUUACCUGAUGGUGUCGAUUUGUGUGAAGAGAUCACUUCGAUUGGGCUUCACUAUGCAAAAACGUUAGAUUAUUGGCUGAAUGCUUGGUGUGAAAAAGAAUCGCAAAUUCUCGAUCUGAACUACUCGGCGACAUUCCACCGGAAAUGGCAAUUCUAUUUUGCUUUGUGUUCUUCCCUUUUCUCAUACAAUCAUAUUAAUGUUAUUCAGUUUUCUCUUCAAAAA